AUGAAAACCACUAAAAUCAUGUCGAGAUCUGGAUUGGGGAAUGAGUACGAGUUCCCUCCCAGAUUUGACAAACUUUAUGAAUCACCACCACAACCACACCUAUUGGGUUCACAAAGUAACUUUCCUCUUAAUCAUUCUUCUCUUUCUUUUGGACAUUUAAAUUAUCUACCUGGAAUUAUUAGCUAUUCUGAUGUGCCAUUUUUUUCAACGGCUACUUUGCCUUCCACCUCAACCAACACCUCUAAGAAGCGUAGAGGUCGACCUUACGGAUCUCGCAACAAAAAGUCAUGUAUGAAUAUCGUUUAUGGUUUUGUGUCUGUUAGCAUAAAUAAAAGUGAACAAAAAAGAUAUGAUGGAGUAAAGGGGUCAUUUGCUUCAUUAUCAAAUGGUCGUUCAUUUGGUGGUAAAAUUGACGGUGUUCUGAUUGCUGCCUCUCCAGUUCAGAUAAUACUAGGGAGCUUUUUUCUGAGGGUCAAGAAGUAG